UAUGGAUGGACCCUCUCGCUUGCACUUAGCACAGAUUCCCCCCCACGACCACUUUCGCUUCUGUAGAGAAGAAAAUUUUACAUUUCGAAAUUUCUGAAAUCUCUCUCCACCACCUUCUGAAGAAGAACCCCACCUAAUUUUCUCGGGGAUUCUUGAUCUCAUCUAUUGCUUUUCCCGGGAAAGAGGUCUUGUCGUUUUCCCCGGAUUCCUACUGAUGCAGAGCUGGGUCAAUUGAUCCUUUCUUUCUAGUAGAUUAGUUCAAACUCUCUUUUUUCUGGGUCUGUUUGUGUCUUCCAGUUCGAUCCAUUCAUCAUUCUUUCUGCUUCGGAGAUUUUGCAGUUUUUUUUUCGAGUUUUUUGAAGAUGAGAAGUGAUGAGUAUGGAACGGGAGCUUUUUACUAUUCAUCGGAGGACAACAAUAAUUCGGACGCAGAGAGCGUCGGCAGCGACGGCCGCCGCGCAGGCUUCAGCGGGCUGCUCGGAUCCGCCCUUCGCAGCAGCUCCUCCAAGCGAGCCUCGAGAAAGAGCGCGAGGUUCAACAUCCCUCUGGAGACGGCGGGGCUCCGGAGCGGGAGCGCCGCCUCGCGAGCCGAGGACGACGACGACGACGACGAGCCCUACGUCGAGAUCACCCUCGACAUACGGGACGACGGCGUCGCCGUCCACAGCGUGCAGACCGCCGGCGGGGGAACCGACCUCGAGGACCCGGAGCUGGCGAGGCUCGCGAGGAGGACGUUCGAGACCCGGAAGUCGUCGUCGUUCGGGUCGUCGGUCCUCCGGAGCACCUCGUCCCGCUUCCGGCAGGUCUCGCGGGAGCUGAGGCGCAUCGCCUCGCUCUCGCUGCGGCCGGCGACGGCGCCAGCGAGGCGCUUGGACAGGACGAGGUCGGCAGCGACGCACGCGCUCAAGGGCCUCAAGUUCAUCACGGCCAAGGCGGGCAGCAGCGGCGGAGCCGCCGGGUGGCCGUCGGUGGAGAAGCGAUUCGACCAGUUGACCGCGUCCUCCGCCGGCCUCCUGCAUUAUUCCCAGUUCUGUGAAUGCAUAGGGAUGAACAAAGAGUCGAAGGAAUUCGCGAACGAGCUGUUCCGAGCGCUCGCGCAGAGGCGCAACAUAUUCGGCGACUCCAUCAACAAGGAUCUGCUCGAGGAGUUCUGGGAACAAAUCAGCGACGAGAGCUUCGAAUCGAGGCUGCAAACUUUCUUCGACAUGGUGGACAAAAAUGCCGAUGGGAGAAUCACGGAGGACGAAGUCCGGGAGAUCAUCAGCCUGAGCGCAUCAGCGAAUAAGCUGUCGAAUAUCCAGAAGCAAGCACAGGAAUAUGCAGCUCUAAUCAUGGAGGAAUUGGACCCUGAUAACAAGGGUUACAUCAUGGUUGAGAACCUGGAGACGCUGCUCUUGCAAGCUCCAAACCACUCCGUCCGUGUCGGAGACAGCAAAGUCCUGAGCCAGCUGCUAAGCCAGAAGCUCAAGCCGACCGUCGACCACAACCCGCUCCGCCAAUGGUCCGAGAGCGCCAAGUACUUCCUGAUGGACAACUGGAAGAGGCUGUGGGUCGUGGCGCUGUGGGUCGUGGUCGUGUCGGGACUCUUCGCCUACAAGUUCGUCCAGUACCGGAACAAGGCGGCCUUCGGGGUGAUGGGCUACUGCGUCUGCGUUGCGAAGGGUGGCGCCGAGACGGUCAAGUUCAACAUGGCCCUCAUCCUGCUGCCCGUCUGCCGCAACACCAUCACGUGGCUCAGGAACAAGACCCGGCUGGGCAUCGCCGUGCCCUUCGACGACAACCUUAACUUUCACAAGGUGAUCGCAGCGGGGAUAGCUGUCGGGGUCGGCUUGCACGCGAUCUCGCACUUGACGUGCGACUUCCCGAGGAUCCUGCACGCGAGCCCCGAGGUGUACGCGCCCAUGAAGCCCUACUUCGGGGAGGUCCAGCCCCCGAACUACUGGUGGUUCGUGAAGGGAGCGGAGGGCGUGACGGGGAUCGUAAUGGUGGUCCUGAUGGCGAUCGCCUUCACUCUGGCUAUGCCGUGGUUCAGGCGGAACAAGGUCGACCUGCCGGAGCCCUUGAAGAAGCUCACGGGCUUCAACGCCUUCUGGUACUCGCACCACCUCUUCGUCGCGGUCUACUCACUGCUCGUCGUCCACGGGGCCAAGCUCUACCUCACCCACAAAUGGUACCAGAAGACGACAUGGAUGUACUUGGCGGUGCCGGUGACGCUCUACGCAUGUGAAAGGUUGAUACGGGCUUUCCGGUCCAGCAUCAAACCGGUCAAGAUUCUCAAGGUGGCGCUCUACCCAGGAAAUGUACUGGCACUUCACAUGUCGAAGCCCCAUGGCUUCAAGUACCGAAGUGGGCAGUACAUGUUCUUGAACUGCAAGGCUGUUUCUCCCUUUGAAUGGCACCCAUUCUCGAUCACUUCGUCGCCGGGAGAUGACUACCUCAGCGUUCACAUUCGGACAUUGGGAGAUUGGACGAGGCAACUGAAAACCGUAUUCUCGGAGGUGUGCCAACCUCCACCCGUUGGGAGGAGCGGAUUGCUGAGAGCUGAUUGCGUUCCGGGAGGAAGCAUCCCCUGCUUCCCAAAGAUAUUGAUAGACGGUCCAUAUGGAGCCCCAGCACAAGACUACCAAAAGUAUGAGGUAGUGCUCCUGGUGGGGCUAGGGAUUGGGGCCACCCCCAUGGUCAGCAUCGUCAAGGACAUCAUCAACAACAUCAAAGUCAAAGAAUAUGAGCAAGACCACGUCAUUUCGUCGGAAAUCUCGCCACCAACUCCGGACGACAACGACAGAAGCAAUCACAAGGCCAGCCACAGGAGCAGCAGCCAUGGCAGAGGAGGGUUCAGGACCAGGAAGGCCUACUUCUACUGGGUGACCCGGGAGCAGGGCUCGUUCGACUGGUUCAAGGGGAUCAUGGACGAGGUGGCCGGGAUGGACGAGCGUCGGGUCAUCGAGCUCCACAACUACUGCACAAGCGUGUACGAGGAGGGCGACGCCCGGUCGGCCCUCAUCGCCAUGCUCCAGUCCCUGAACCACGCCAAGAACGGGGUCGACGUCGUGUCCGGGACCCGGGUCAAGUCCCACUUCGCCAAGCCCAACUGGCGCCAGGUCUACAAGGACAUCGCGCUGCAUCACCCGGACACUAGAGUCGGAGUCUUCUAUUGUGGGGCGCCAGCGUUGACGAAGGAGUUGAGGCACUUGGCUCUGGAUUUCUCUCACAAGACCUCCACCAAGUUCGACUUCCACAAGGAGAACUUUUGAAGAAAGCUUGAAGAAAAAGAUGCUGCAGGCCAACAAGAAAGUUGUAUAAAUAAAGCUGGGCAGCGGCGUCGUAUACGUAGAAAAUCGGUACUGUAAUUUUUUGCGUAAGCACAUACUAAUUCGAGAUUAAUUUGUCCCUACUCGGGAUUCGAAUGACACGGCCUCAUAUUAGAUUUUAAGCUGAUAAAAAAUGCAAUUGCAAAUAUAGAGUUAGAUAUAGGGAGUUGUUUUCUCGUGUAACAGUAACACUAACCAGAGAUGUAUACCCGAAGUUUAUAGGAUCACUUCUUUGUUCAUUUUCCUUACUUAAUUUUCGAUUUAUUCAUCAA